ACAUUUCUGAACACACGGCAGUUGGUUCAAAAAAGUGCCAUGCCUGACAAACAAAAAUGGAAACGGUUCCGUAUUAAAAAAAUUUGGCUAAGAACAGACUCAUAUACAAAAGCAUCCCAGAAAUGCCGGCUUGUUGCAGAGACGUCUAAUUUGGAAACGGAGGACACCUCAAAUAAAAAGAGGCAGCUCAAAAAGCCAAGAAGAUUUCAGUCUGAAACUGACAUCUCCUCAGAUGUGUCAGAUCUCCUCCUAAAUGAGCCACAGAAUUUAACUGAGGAAGCCACAAAAAACUAUUGCACAAAAGUCCUACAGAGAUUGCAGGAAUUAUGUGAAAAUCAGCAAGACAUCCUCUCCUUGCAACGCAGUAUACUGGCUGCUGUGGCUGUGCCAGGUGGCGAAGCAGAGGAGGAAAUCCUUGCUGGGCCAUGUCAAAAUGUUGAGGCUUUUAAAGAGUUGGACAUUGCAUUGAACUACAAGGAGAAAAGGACAAAGAUGAUGAACUACCUUCGCUCCCUUGGGGUGCAAAUCCAGGGGCAGCUAUACGCAAAAUGUUGCGUAAGGUGGCAUCGAAAGAAGUGCUGAGUGCCUACAGCCUGAAGGGGAGGAAGAACAAACUUGCCUUCCAAGGCCUCAACAUUUGCUCUAGUAUA